GACUAUGUAAGGCACAGUGGGUGCAUAUUAAGAUGUACUCGCUCGGGUAGGUAAACGGAGGAGGUUAGUGGAGACUUUUCCCCUUUCUCUCUCUGACGUGCGGCGCCCUGGAUGGCCGGAGCGGAGAGGUGUGGCGGCCGCGGCGGGCCGCAGGGGAGCAGUUGGGAGACGCCGGUAAUUACUGUAGCUUCGGGAUGAAGUGCAAGAUCCACCCUUACGAGUACGGCGAUGGCGUCUGCGCCUCUUGCCUCAAGGAGCGCCUUCUCGCCCUCAUUGCCGCCCAGAACGAGCUCUCUUCCCACCAGUACCACACCGCCUGCCAGCGCAUCGACUUUUCCGCGCCUUCUUCGGAGUAUCCUCCUCCUCCUCCCCAUCAAUUCCCUUCUCCUUACAUUUCCCACCGCCGAUCCGUCGGAUUCGAGGCCUCCCCUGCUCACGUUCGCCUCCACCACCGCUUCUUCAGCACCCCGCAGGUCGGCCCCGCCUUCAGGGCGGCCAACGGCGCUGGAUCGCUUGACGAUCUUGACAGCGGCAGCGGUCGCCGCAAGCAGAGGUUCUCCAUUGUAAAAGCCCUAUUCGGGCACACCAGAUCGCAGAAGGCGGAUCCUGACUUGGGGGAUUCCGCUGGCCCGGCCUCGGGCUCAUGGAUCACUGCGCUGAUCCGCGGCCGGAGUAAGAAAAAACACAAGAAGAAAUCGGAGGAGGACGCGCCGCCAUCGCGGAAGCCGCAGAGGUCAUUUCGCGAUUCGGAAUACGAGAAUGACUUCGGCGAAGAGUACUCCACCACCUCUUCUCGGCGGCCAACCUCGAAGCAGUUCCCAGGGAACCAUCCGGGCUCUGGGUUCUCCGUCUGCCUUAGUCCACUAGCCAACUUCGGGCAGGAGGGGAGACAACGAUAUCACCCGACGGAGCUCGGACUAUCUGGAAAGUCUCGGGCGGCGAUCGAAAUCGCCACCCUCGCGUCGAACCGGCCCCGAAAUCUGGCCGACGGAGGUAGGCUCAAGUGACGGUUUUACCCCUCGAAUUUUCUAUAUUUCCAUUUAUGCACCAUCGUUUUAAGCGAAAAGUCUACCAAACCCACACUUAAUAUGUAUAUUUUUGCUGUAACGCUAAAAAUUUAUUCCAAUGGUUAUAAAUUUUUGUAGGUUUUAAUACA